CGGGGGGCGGGGCCGGGCUGGUGGCGCGGAGUGCGAUGGAGGCCGGCGGCGAGGUGGGAGUCGGAGCCGGGUCCGAAUCCGAACUGUGCUCCCGGUUCCGGAGCGCGCUGUCCGCCGCCCUGCAGGACGUCACCGGGGACGGCGGGGUGCGCAAGGAGCUGCUGCGGCCCGGCACCGGGCAGCUCGUGCCGCCGGCUGCCACCGUGGCGGUGAAGUACUUUGGGUAUCUGGAGAACAUGGAGAAACCUUUCUGCACAAACUGCACCAAGAAGCUCCCGAAGCUGAUGAAGCUUGGAGAAGAUAUCACACUGCAGGGUCUGGAGAUUGGUGUCCUCACGAUGAAGAAAGGAGAGGUGGCAAGAUUUAUCUUCGCACCGAGUUAUGCCUACGGCCAGCAGGGUUGUCCUCCUCUGAUCCCCCCAAAUGCCACGGUCUUAUUUGAAGUGGAGCUGAUAGACUUCCUGGACUCUGCUGACUCUGACACAUUCUUUGCGUUGACAGCUGAGCAGCAGGAUACGUUUCCACUACAAAAGGUGUUGAAAGUCGCAGACGUGGAGAGAGAGUUUGGCAAUUACCUCUUCCGUAGGCAGUGCUUUGAUGGUGCCAAAGACAGAUACAAACGGGCACACUCCAUCCUUGGUCGCAGCCCUUCCAGUGAGGCAGAGCAGUGUCAGAUUAAUGCUUCCAAGUUGCUGGUGCUCCUGAAUCUCUCAGUUACUUACCUGAAGCUGGAAUGUCCUGCCCGAGCUCUGAUGUAUGGGGAAAAAGCCUUGGAGAUUGACAGAAGAAACGUCAAGGCGCUGUUCAGGUGUGGUCAGGCUUGUCUCUGCAUGACAGAGUAUGAAAAAGCUCGGGACUUCCUGAUCAGAGCUCAGCAUAUAGAGCCGUUUAACCGCGACAUUAACAACGAACUGAAAAAGCUGGCAAGCUGCUACAAAGACUACUUGGACAAGGAGAAAGAAAUGUGCUGCCGAAUGCUUGCUGCUCUCGACUCUUCUUCAUGACCGGGAACAAAGUUACUCAGCUUGUAAAGAAGUCUGAGGUCUCCUAAAUCCACGCUAUUGUCUGGACUGGGUUUUGUGGUGUGGAACCUGCUUCUGUGUAGGAGGGUUCUGGAGGCAUAAUACAGGUUAAUGACAAUGUGCAGAGGGGAAGGGGCAGGAUGGCAGUGUGAAACCCGACUACUUUGUGCCUGGGGAGUCUUUUCAGCCAGGCAGGCUGGAAUGGGACGGGAACCUGAAACUGGCAGCACUUAAGUUUGGUUUUUUUUGUUUCCUGUGCUGCUCAUCCCAGUUCUUCCUUGUCAGAGCCAGGGGCAGAAAUAGCUGCGUCGCCUUGUGCCUCUGCCAAUUAAAAGAAACAAAAAAAUGGUUCCUGUCAAACUUAAGAACUGGAUUUCCUCCUCCCCUCCAGCACUCCUGGCUGCAGCUGCUGGAAUGACUCGCUGCAGAGAAACCUGAAUAUUUCUCAGUGCUGGGUUUUUGGGUGUUUUUGGUGUUUUGUUUUGGGUUUUUUUUUUUUUAAAUAUUAAAAAACCUGUUUGUACAGAAAAUUUCCAAUAGGUGUUUUGGACUCUUUAAAGCUUUAAAUCUUCCAGCAGAAUUGACAGGUUUAUAAAUGCACAAAGGUUCUUUGA